AUGUCCUUCUGGCCAUUUUCAAAUUCCUACAGUAAUAGCAAUCACUUGCUGAAAUUCUUGGACUCCGUGCUUGAUUUUUCCAAUGUUACUGUGGACAACAUCUUAGAUGACAAAACCCUUCAACAGGACUUUAUGGAUGAGCUCAAAAGACUUGCAUCAAAAAGCAGUGAUAAAGAUAGUUUUCAUUUGGUCCAACUGCUCCAGAGCGAUAAUUCCCUGGCCAAAUCUAAUGCUUCCAACGCCAAUUCUGAUUCCAUAUCUGUAUCAUCAAAUAGCGAGUCUACUGGGGGUAACUCGUUUUCCAAGAAUGCAAGAGAAGCGAAGAUUUUGGAAUUGAUAAUGCAGCCUCACAUUCUCGAUGGAUUUAUGGAUUACAUAGUGGAGAGCGUUGAAUUUUAUCAUGAUUUAGCUAUUCAAGAAGAGAAGGAGCAACUGGAGCAUGCAAAAGGUGAAUAUAAGCCAACGGACGAAAGUAAUGAAGACAUAGGCUCUAGCCACGGCAAUGAUAACGAGCUGAAGCAAGACCGUCUUCGCCGCUGCAUUCAAUGCUCUGCAGAUGUCCUUUCGGUGGAUAUGUGGGUCAUAUCGAAUCAAAUUAUUGAAUCGCCUAGUCUCAUGAAUAAAUUAUGGCUGAUCAUCUCGUUACCACAUUUUGUGGAAAGGUCACCAUCAGUGGCUUACUUCGUGCAAAUUUUGGAUCAUCUCAUGGAAUCCAACACUAUCAAAUUGCUAAAUUUCAUUCGCAAGCAAAGCAAUUUGGUAGACACCUUUCUAGGAAAGGUUGAAAUCCCAAUAUUGAUGGACUUUUUUCUCAAAGUCAUCCAGACUGAUAAGUUAGAUUCUCCGACAGGCAUUUUGGAGGUUUUGCAUCAACAAAACAUGAUUCCCAAGCUUAUCAACAUCUUGAAGCCUGACUUGGCACACUUCGACAAGUCCUUGAACUAUAUUCCAGAUGCUGAUCAAUUGUUUCGCCAAACGGCUGCGACUGAGUUGGCUAAGGCCCUUGUAACUAUUUCUUCCAAUGCUUCUCUUGCGGUAGACAUGGAUACAAAUAUUGGACCUAACCCGCUCACUCGCGAACUUGCCUCUUCUGAAAUGAUUCGCAUAAUGAUAGAGGAGAUCAUCUUGUUCCGCAUCCCCGAUGAAGAGAAUCCUUCAAUUACAUACACAAACAAACACGGAAUCAGCAACUGUGUAUCCAUCUUGAUUGAGUUGAUUCGCAAGAACAACUCUGAUUACGAUGUGAGCUAUGGCCAGAACCAGCCAGGGGCUAUGGCUGACAACACUGGGGAAGUAAAUGUUCAAUCAAUGUUCAAUUGGCUUAAAGAUUUUGAACUGAAUCCUCCAGGACCCCGUGAUCCAGUAUAUUUGGGUGAUCUCCUUGAAGUUUUCUCAGAGAAUCUUGACAAACUUUCAGAACUUAUUGAUGCAGAUGUAAGUGAGGAAGUAGUGAACCCUAAUUAUUUGGGGAUGUCCAAGUUUAAGAUCUCUGAGUUGGUUGCAGAAUUGUUGCAUUGCUCAAACAUGAUUCUCAUCAACUCGAGAAAGAUCGCUUUUAUAAAUCAUACAAGAGAUCAAGUCAGGGAUUUGCAAAAUGAAAGCAUCCAAAACGCGUUAAAUGAAACACUUUUAACGGAUGAAAAGAACUCGAAUGAGACUUUGCUGGAUCUGCAAGAGUUAGCAGAUGUCACUAUGGGCAUGGACGACGUAUCAUUGAAGGAAGUUCAUCAAAAAAAGCCACAAAAAUUAUCCUCCAUCGAGUCAAACUUUAAUGACGCGAAAUACAGACGAAUGAUCGAAGAGCUUGAGUAUUCUGAGUCAGAUGACGACGAACCCAUUGUGUCAUCUGAAAACCCUUUCGUCUGUGACGAAAGAGACGAGACAUUCAGAAAGAAUCCGUGUGCUGGGGAUAAGUUCAAAAUUGCCCUAAUCGAUCUGGGUAUCUUAAGAAAAAUAAUUACCAGGUUCAAAGAUUUUGAGUGGCAUAACUUCUUUCACAAUGUUGUAUUUGACCUAGUUCAGCAGAUUUUUAACGGAAAAUUGAAUUCAUACAACUCGUUUUUAAUAGUGGAGCUUUUCAGAAAGGAUAGAUGUGAUAUAAUUAACAUGAUCCUGAGCUCCUUUGCCAAGGAGGUGGACCCAAGACCUGGGUACAUGGGUCAUUUGAUUCUAAUCAGUGAAGAAGUGGUAAAGUUUACCUCGUUGUAUAAGCCAGCGCUAAUAUCCCCAGUCCUCGUUGAAUGUAUUGGAUCGAAGGAAUGGGAAUGGUUUGUCAAUAAUGUCCUACUCAAAACCCGAGAACUAUACAAUGUGAUUCUAGGCGCAGACGCAGAAUAUACCGAAGAUGAACAGCAUAAUCACAAUGGUGAUAGAACAGAUGAAGACGCAUUUGGGUUUGACUCAUCUACUGUCGGAUACAUGGAUCUCGAGAAUGAAGCAUACAAUAAUGGUGAUAAUGGUGAUGAUGGCAAGAAAAAUGUCAUCAUUCUCGGAGACGCAUCAAACCAUGAUGAAUUUGUUCGAAGAAAUCCACUGAAAGAGGACCGCUUGGGAACAGAAUUCGACGAAGAUGAACAUGACACAAAAUUAUCGAAUGUGGAAAUCCAGAAGAUGUCACCGAAAUUGAAUUUCGAGAAUAACGACGAUAUGAUUUACGACGAUUUUGAAAGCAACAACAGUGGUUUCCCUGACAACGAACUACAGGAUAAUGAGUUCUUAGAGAAUCUUCUGGGAUCUAGCUCUUCUGAUGAAGAGGAGGAUGGUAAUCAGCUUCGGCGAAUUCCAAAACAUAAAGGGUGA